AGUAAGCAAAAAACACAAAAAUUUAUGGCAACAAAAAAGGACAAAAAAUUAAGCAAGAAAACAAAAUUUCGGCAAACGUUACAAAUUCAUGAGUUUAUUAUUUGAAUUGUGUGAAAAUUAAAGAAGAAAAAAAUCGAAGCAAAAAAUUUUGAGUUGCAUUUAUUUUUAUACAAGAAAGAAAACAACACUUCCAAAAAAAAAAUUAACAAAACUAAAAACGUGACGCGCGCGACACAACCACGACGCGUAAAGCUUUGAAAGCAUUCGAGCGAAAAGCGACCUAAAGCGCGCGCGUUGAACAAUAAAAAAUUCAAAAUUUGAAUUUUUGCGAAAAGCCAACGGCCCCAACACGGAGCAGCAAAGCGGAGCAAAUAAAAAACUGCGAAGUGUCGACAACGGGCAGCGUUUUACGCCGAAAAAAGCAAAUAAAAAAAUAUAGUAAAAAAUAAUGAUUUAUUUGCGCUUUUGACGCGCCGCGGAGGCAGCAGCAAAAUUCGUCACACAUCAAAAUUCGUUAGACUCUUUAGUUACGUUCGAUUCUACGACAUUGUUUUUGAGUUCAAUUGAGUUUAAUUAUACCAAAAAUUUGAGUUGAAAACAAAGAAACAAAGUAUUAAAAUGCAAAAGAAGCAAAAAAAAACAAGAAAGUAUUACAACGCACAAGCAACACAAAUUAGUAAUAAAUAAGUAAGCAAAAAGCAACAUUAAAAACCGACGAGUAAUUAAACGAAUAAAUCGUACGAAAAGCAAAGAUUGCGAACUUAUUUUUAACAUAAAAGAAAAAACAAAAAAUCAAACAAGAACAAAAAAAAUCCAAAAGAAAAAAACUCGAUAGCGCUCCAGCGAGUGUAGCCGGCCGCCUGGCAGUCAACCAGUGUGUGCGCGAGCGAGUUAAGUGCUGCUAAGAAUAUUUAACUUUUUUGUGGUGUGAAAUUACAAAACACUAGUGACUUGUAAAAUAAACAAAAGAACAAAAACCAAUAAAACAAAUUAGAAAAAAACUUGAAAAAAUAUUGCUGAAACAAUUGAAAAAUAUAACUGUACGCAUAAAAAAUUUCAAGCCAGCUAUAAAAAAAACCAGCGAACAAGGUUUGCAAAAUGCAGUAGCAGCAGCGCGCAAACUACCGCAACAGCAGUGCAAUUUCUUCGAAAGCAGCAACAGCAGCGAUAUUUUACAGCCCAGCGACCCAGCAACACGCGAGCCCAACAAAAAAAAAUACGAACGAUUGUAAAAUUCGACUCACAAAUUUUGAGUCAGCGAACCACUUCGAUUUACCAGCCAAAGAAAACGCGACGCCUCUUCUUUGGACGUGAACCAGUAAGAGCACAACGCCGGUAUUGUAGACACGCACGCACGCAAUGUGCUAAAGACGCAACCAGUUGAAACCCGCUGAAAGACAGUCGAAGAUUUUGUGAGAAAUAUACUCGAAUCCACUCAAGUAAUCAUAUAUUUUAUAGCCAUAAUUAACGGAACAGAAAUAACAACAAAAACGUCCAACUUAUGUAGUUGAUGGCCGCAAUUAAAACGGAGAUGCCGCCUUUGCAUGCGGCAGAUGCCGGUGGCGGAGGCGGCGGUGGCACAGGCGGCAACAGUGGCGGUGGUGGUAGCGAGUGUGGUGGCAAUGCUGACACAAUUGUCUCCAAUAGUCCGCAUUCGAAUAGCAGUGGCGUCGGCGAUGCUGGCCUACCGGGUACGAAUAGCGGCAAUAAUACGAUUAGCGCAGCCGCAGACUCGAGCGAUAAUCAACCUGGCACACCGCAACCCCCAAUCAAUGGACAAUUAAUUGGCAACAACGAACAACAACAGCAGCAGCUAGCGCACAAUCCUUACGGCAUGUAUACCUCGGUCGCUACGACCACGCAUGCCAACGCUUCACUGGCGCAUAUGUAUGGCGGCGGUGGCGGCAUUUACGCGACUGCCGGCGCUCAAUCAGAUAUGCAACAGCAGCAAGGUGUCGGUGCUUAUCCGAGCUACAUAAAUAGCUUUGAGCAGUUCUACCAGCAGCAGCAACAGCAAGUGGGCUCGGCCACCACGGACUAUGGGCUUAUGUAUGCCACUGGCCCUGGCGGAAACAGCACCAGCAGCGACUAUAAGGCAGGCAGCAACUCGAGCAGCGCGAGUGGCGUGCGCUAUCAUCCCUACCUCAACACACCUACCUCAUGUGGCCCUAAUGACGCACACGGCAAUGGUGGCAAUCGAAAUGGUACACCAGAUAUUGCUUCGAGUGGUGGCGGUGGUGGUACAUUGCCAUUACCGCAAAGCAGCGCUGCCGUUUCGACCACUACGAAUUCGCUAAGCCCGCGCGUUGUCAGUUCCAGCAGUCCAACAUCUACCUCGGCCCACCUACAGCUCAGCGGCAGCUCCGCAGCUGGCUCUCCUGCCGGCGGUUGUAAGCUGCAGUGCAAGAAGUGCGGCCUCAUGUGCACCAGCGACAAUGAACUGCAAGAGCACAUCACCAACGUGCAUGGCGCCUCGCCCUAUGGCAGCAGCGGCUACUCGAGUUCACCGUAUAUAAAGGAGGAGCUGUCUUCGGGCUCGCAGCAGCAAUCCACUGGCCAGCAGGGUCAGGGCGGCAACCCGGGCGAGUUACUCGACUUGGACUCACAAAAAAUGGUUUACCCGCCCGCCCCCGGGAGCAUACCAGCGAUGCUGCAUCACCCGCAGCAAAUGCACGACGUAGUUGGCGCUAGCGAUCCGCUGCACUCCAUGCACAGCAUGCAGCAACGCGCAUUACCUGGUUGGGAGCAGCCUCAACCACCCAACGGUGGCAUGCAGGAAGGUCUACCGCCGUAUAUGCAGCAGCAGCCACCCACGCAACCCAGUCAGCCGCAAACGGAUUUGAGCGGCAAGCCGCCUCAUGCCAAUCAAUCGCCCUAUUAUUCGCCCAAGCAAUCGCCAUAUCAUGUCACCGGCGGCGGUCCGAAUGGUAUGAACAUCAAGCAGGAAUACGGUUUGAUUAAGUCAGAAUAUCCGGACUCGCAGAAUUAUGUGGACAAAUCUUUUGACCCAACUGUGGCCGGUGAUAUGUGCCAACAACCCCCGCCUUCCGUUCAGCAGCAGCAAAUGAUGCCAGUUUCUUCCAGCCCUGCCGAAUUUCCUUCGACCACGACUGGGUCACAAGACGCGCAGCAGCAAUAUCGCGGCUUCGAGCCACCCUCUUCGUCGUCAGUAAAUUCUGCCAGCGCUCCCACAAAGGCCGCCACUUGGAAGUCGAACGAGGCACGUCGUCCGAAGACCUAUAACUGCACUGCUUGCAACAAGUGGUUCACAAGUUCGGGACACCUGAAGCGCCACUACAAUACAACUUUGCAUAAGAAUGCUGUGAAAUCUAGCGGCCAGCCGGAUCCAGCAACGCUACCCAUUUCGGCGCAUCAUCAUCCCGCACGUGAACCCACUACAACGACCAAGUCACACAGUCGUCGUAAUAAUGCCAACGCCGCAGCAGCCGCGGCUGCAGCUGCCGCUCAACAACAGCAACCGCCUGCGCCGGUGCAGCCACCCGAACCGCCUAGAAGUCCGCCGGACUUUGGGCAGGGUGCGGGUAUGGGUCAGUUGUCACAAUACUCCGCUUCACCCUCGCCGACACAGCAAGCGCAGUUGAACGGUAUGCCAUAUAGCGCAAACCCGAGCGGCUAUCAGCCACAACAGCAACAAUAUUUGAACCAGGUGCAGUCGUCUACGAAUAGCCACUCACCGCAAAAUGUAACCGGUCACAUGAACGUCGCCGGCUCCUCACCAAACAACACACAAACCGUCUUAAACGGUCACCCAAACGGGUUAGCAGGUCCCUCCGCCCAAACAACACCUCAACCAAUGCCGUCCUCCCAAACGAGGGGCCUGCUGAACACAACAACAACAACCAUUAUCACAAAGAGCGAACCCAUGGAGGACAACAACUAUCAUCACAACAGCAGCAACAACAACAUGUCUCUCACGCACUCAGCUCAGCUGGAGGCGCCGGAAUCGGACACGGAUCAGGACACAAUGUCGGAGGAGCGGGAGCGCUCUCAAACGGACAUGGAAAUACUGCAACAACAGCAGCAUCAGCAGCUGGAAGAGGAAGCAGCGGCGGCAGCAGCAGUGGCAGCGGAGCAGGCGCAGGAAGCGGAGGCGCAAUUACAACGCCACCGUCAGGCGCAAGCGGACUUGGAACGGGAGGAGCACUUGGGGGUCUUUCAUCAUCAUCAACUGUUGGAGGAAUUGGCGGAGCAGCAGCGGCACUUUCACAACAGCACGCCCACGCUCAACCCGGAGUCGGGGCGAGUGCCAUCGCCCCAUAUUACCUCCCAUCAGCAAUACCAGGAGCAACUGCGGCGUCCGCAGGCAAUGGUGGACAGCAUUUUCUCAGCCAUGCAGCCGCCAGCGGGAGUCCAUAUGCCAGCCAAUAUAAUGGAUCAGCAAUACAACAUCAUACCUUUGGGUAUCAACACGCCGCCGCUGCUCAGCAGCAGUAUGCAGCUGCUGCAGCCGCCGCAGCCCAUCACCACCAGCACAGCUACUACAGUCAAUAUGGGCAACAUCCAUAUGCUGCACAACCACCACACCCACCACCACACUCAGCACACGCAGCAAGCAGCGCAGGCGCAGCAGGAGCAGCUGGUGCUACCGUCCAUGCGCAAUACGCUGCUCAACAAUACCAGCAUCCAGUCGCAGCUGGACACCAUCAAUACCACCACCACGCCGCAGCUGCUGCCGCCCAUCACCACCACCACACAGCAGCUGCUGCCGCCGCCGCAGCUGCAGCAGCCGCUGCACACCACCAACACCAUUCCAUCCUUCCAGCAGCUGCAGCAGGGGUCGGAGCUGGCGCCGCUGGAGCCCACAAUGACCUAUCACACUAUUAUUGGUAAUGGCACCAUGAAUGGUGAGGGAUUCAAUGCGAACAGCAGCGGCAGCAGUGAUGUAAGCAGCGAGUUCUUGCAAUUGGCCUCUUUGGAUCCCUAUGGUGGACUGCAGACGCAACAAAUGAUUACUUCCGAUGGCCAGAUAGUCCAGUUCAUGUCCUCGGCGCUUAUGGGGCAGACAUUCUACGCACUACCGCCGCGCACAACCAUCCGUGAGGCUUAUCCCCGCUCACCGCAAGAGGGAGACUUGCCACCAGCGCAUACCAUUUUGCCCAACGGCUUAUCGGAACAGGACAAACUGCAUAGCCAUCAAGAGUCUACGCAGACAAUGAUAGAGACGCUGCCUUCCGCGGUCGAGCCAUACCCACACGAAGAAGAGGAGGUGAACAUUAAAUCAUAUGCACACGCAGAAGACGAAAAGCAGAAUAUCAAGCCAGACACAACCGUCAUGCAAGAAUUAGUAGACUCCACAACCGGCAAGCCAAACGAUUGCAGCAUUAUUACCGUCUCCACUGCCAAUACUAAUGCCAAUACAAACACCGUUUCCACCACCACCUCCACAACUGCGAGCACUGCGAAGCCGAAGAGAGCUGCACAACGCCAACCUCCCUCGAAACGCAGACGUUCGCCCUCCUCAUGUACGACCACACCACGCUCAACCAUGCUGCCAUCCGGCCGCAUCAAAUGCCUGGAGUGCAAUAAGGAAUUCACCAAAAACUGUUACCUGACGCAGCACAACAAGAGCUUCCACUCUGCUGAACGCGUUCGUGGCUAACGAGAGGUAUAACGAACAAUAUGGACUACCUUGCACAGGACAUUUUAUGUAUGUAUAUUUGUUCCAAAAGAAAAAAAAAUCUUUAUAAAAAAAAUCAGACUAAACGAACUUACGAUGCAGAAGUUUAAAUACUACAUAAUUUAAGCAACGAAAUGAGAAUUGAAGCCAUUGGGCUGGAAAAGCAUUUUCUGAUUAAAACGAAUUAUAUACCCUACAUGUGAGCAUAAAGAAAACACUAUGUAAAACCUAAAAGAAUUGGCUCGUAAAAUAUUCUAAGUCAAACGAAAAAAUUAAGAACCAUUUACACUUUUAACGAACAGAUUUCUUAUACUCUUUAAAGCUCGCGGCCACUCUUUUUUACCAUACAUUUGUUUACUCAGUGACUAAAGACAGGCAUAAAUAUUGAACCAUCGAGGAAAAUAGUAAUGAAAAUACCGAUCAUUCAUUACAGCAGUACUCUUAUAUGGAUCUUGUACGACUAACGAGAGAUGAAAUUUACAAAAAUAUGUGGACUUUCAAUUGAGAAAAAAUACGCAUAGCUGGCAAUACUGAACUCUUAUACGAAUACUAACGCAACACAAAUAGACAUUCAAAUAUAACAGAACAGUUGAAACUCUACAAAACACUCUUCUACGACUCUUAUAUGACCCUUAUACCACUCUCAUGCAAAUGAAUUUUAAUAGAAUCAAAGCAAAAUCUGACUAAAAUGUGGAGCAUAAAAAUAAAAAUAU